CACAACCUUCACUCUCCCACAUACUUCACCACUACAACAACAGCACACCACCACACCAUGGCCGCGCCGCUAUACGUGACGCAGUCCGGCCGGCUCUUCCACGCCGGUCUGAUCCUGAUCGCGACGGUCGGCCUUCCAGCCCGCGGCAAGACACACAUCUCGCGCGCGCUCGAGCGAUACCUCCGCUGGAUGGGCGUCAAGACGCGCGUGUACUCGCUCGGCGAUUAUCGCCGCCGCGUGCUCGGCGGCGCGAAGAACGUGCCUGCGGAUUACUUUCAAACGAGUGGCCCCAAGUCGGCCGAAACAAUAGCCCUGCGGAACCGCAUCGAGCGCGAAAUGGAGGAGCAGAUCUGGGACUUUUACGACGAGCAGGGCGGCCAGGUGGUCAUCUACGACGCGAACAACGGCAGCAAGGAGAGCAGGAAGCGCUGUCUCGAGGAGUUUGGGAGCAAGGGCGUGCAUGUCAUCUUUCUGGAAUCCCUCUGCGACCGCGACGAUAUCGUAACCGCCAACAUCCGCUCGGUCAAGCUCUCGUCCCCCGACUAUGCGGGCUGGGACGCGGACCGCGCCGUCGCAGACUACUGGAACCGUAUCCGCGAUCAGGCGAAGACGUAUGCCACUGUCACUGCCGACGAGGGGCCGUACAUCAAGGUCAUGAACGUUGGCGAGCGGAUCGAGCUGAACAAGAUUGAGGGCUACCUCCAGACCCGAUGUUGCUUCUUCCUCAUGAACAUCCACACGCGCCCGCGCACCAUCUUCUUCGCGAGGUCUGGCCAAUCCCUCAUCGAGCACUCGUACAAGGCCGACUCGGACCUCUCGCCCGCCGGGUGGGAGUACGCCGAGAGACUCAAGGCCGCCGUCAUCUCACGCCGCAAGGCGCUCCGCGAGGAGCGCAAGGCCCGCGGUGAGAAUGUCGGCGAGGAGUCGCCCCUGCUUGUGUGGACUUCGAGCCGUCGCAGAGCGCACCAUACAGCGUGGCCGUUUGUGCAUGCUGGAUACAAGGUCGUGCAGAAGCCCAUCAUGGGCGAGAUCAAUCCCGGUGUCUGGGACGGCCUCUCGUCCCAAGAGGCCAUGGAGCUCUACCCCGACGAGUGGGACCGCUUCCUCGCCGACCCGUACGCACACCGCGCUCCGCGCGCCGAGUCGUAUCACGACCUGAGUGUCCGCCUCGAGCCCAUCAUUUUUGAGCUCGAGCGUUGCCAGGAGGACCUGCUCAUCAUCGGGCACGCGUCGGUUAUCCGCUGCCUGCUUGCGUACCUCGUCGGCCUGCCACCCAGCGAGGUGCCUGCGGUCGAGAUUGCGCGCGGCGACCUCGUGGAGGUGACGCCUGCGUCGUACGGCGUCGUGUCGAGGGCGUUCCACUUCUGGUCGGGCGAGGGACGCGGCGACUCGGCCGGACGCAACCUGUACGAGAACUUUGCGGAAGCCGCGUCUGGCAUUGGCGGCGUGCUCCCCACGUUUGCGGGCGAGGCGGAAAAUAUUGAGCGUGAGGCAGAGGAGGAGGAAGCGAAGGAUAAACAGCUCAAGGCAGAUCUCGUAAGAGCGAAGCUCAAGAGUAGACUCGAGUCGGGCACCAACGACGGUUGGCGCUCGGCACCGCACGGCAAGAAUGGCGGCGCGUCGCCCGCCGAGCCGGUGUCGGCGGCCGAGUCGGCGAUCACAGACGGCAAUAUCGACGACGAGGAGCUGCCGUCGGUGCGGGAGAGAGCUAUGUCCAUCCUCAAGAUCUAACACCCUCAAGACCCCAAGACACAACACAACACGUAGAAUGACCGAAAGAUUGUAUGAGCUGUAAUGCAGAUAUAUGUAUCGUGA